AUGGACGUUUCUGCUAGAAAGUCCCAAAAAGCAGGCCGAGAGAAGUUGAGGAGAGAAAAACUGAAUGAGCAUUUUGUUGAACUUGGAAAUGUACUCGAUCCAGAGAGACCUAAGAAUGACAAAGCAACAAUCCUAACAGAUACUGUUCAGCUGCUAAAAGAGCUCUCAUCAGAAGUCAACAAACUGAAAUCUGACUACACAGCUUUGACAGAUGAGUCCCGCGAGUUGACGCAAGAGAAGAACGAUUUGAGAGAAGAGAAGACAUCGUUGAAGUCAGAUAUAGAGAAUCUCAAUCUCCAAUACCAGCAAAGACUAAGGUCAAUGUCUCCAUGGGGCGCUGCGAUGGACCACACAGUCAUGAUGGCUCCACCACCGUCUUUUCCAUACCCAAUGCCUAUGGCUAUGCCUCCAGGGUCAAUCCCAAUGCAUCAUCAUCCAUCAAUGCCUUCUUACACUUACUUUGGAAACCAGAACCCUAGCAUGAUGCCAGCUCCGUGUCCUACAUACAUGCCUUACAUGCCUCCUCCUAAUACAGUCAUUGAACAACAAUCCGUGCACAUACCACCUCAGAGCCGUCCUCGGGAACCUAGAGCAAAGGUUUCAAGAGAGAGCAGGUCCGAGAAAGCAGAGGACUCUAAUGACGUUGCAACGCAGCUCGAGUUGAAAACUCCUGGAUCUACUUCUGAUAAGGAUUCAUUGCAAAGGCCAGAGAAGACGAAGAGAUGUAAGAGAAACAGCAACAACAAUUCCGUAGAAGAGAGUUCUCAUUCUAGCAAAUGUUCAUCUUCUCCGAGCGUCCGAGACAACAGCUCUUCAACUAGCGUUGCUGGUGGCCAGAAACCUGAUGACCAUACUACCAGAGUCUAA